CAGUGCGAGUCUAAAAACUUCUUCUCCAGCCAUGAGUCUGACGGUCGGAGGCUACCCCCAGAGCUACCCCCACCACCCGCAGCAUCACCACUCGCACCACUACCACCACCCUCAUCAUCCGCUUCCGAACAACGGAGUCGGGACCGGCGCCGGGAGCAUGCCGUCCCCGGCCGCCCCGCACGAUUUCUACGCCUCCGCCUACCCCCACCAGAUGCCCCGCUACCCGGACCACGCCGAGUCGGCCGCCGUCGUCACGACCGGGGGGUACUUCCCCAACUGGAUGCUGACCCCACCGCCGGAGCUAUCCACGGUGUCCGGGCAUAUACCGGACGGCUACCACAGCUUCGGGGCGCCGGGCGCCAACUCACCAGGCGGUACGCAUUACCAGUCGUUCAUUCAGUACGAGAACGGAGUUCCCGUACGAUGCAUCAAGCGUAGAGUGACCGCCAACAAAAAAGAGCGGAGACGGACUCUCAGCAUCAACAACGCCUUCGCACAGCUCCGUGGGUGUAUACCCAACGUACCCUCGGACACCAAACUCUCUAAGAUCAAAACACUACGCCUCGCCACCAGCUACAUAUCCUACCUGAUGGACAUCCUCGCCAAAGACGACCCGGAACUUUCUAGAACGGGCUUCAAAGCGGAACUGACCAAGAAAGUGGCCGCCAACCCGGCGAUCGUGGCGGCUGUCACGCACCCCAACGCCCCCGCGGUCAACGUGAACUGUCACAAAAGUGACGGAAUCGUCACGCCGGCUGUGACGUGUGGCAGGAGUUUACACGAUCGACAGGACGACAAAAGGAAGCGAGAAUCGGACGGUGAGAGCGAGGCAAGCAGCCAGGGUUCGAGUCCAUGUCCGGAGAAGAAACCCAAGGGCAGAACAGGCUGGCCCCAACAUGUCUGGGCCGCGGAGUUGAAAUAACAGUUGAUGUGAUCAUCAACGUACAUCUACCGGACUAA